AUGAGGACCAGGAAGUAGAAAGUUCUUCAGACUUUUUGUGUCGUCAAAAUCAGUACUACACAAUUUAAUGGUUAACUCGUUUAAAGAGCGGAUACACACGGUGUUCAGAGCAGAUCAGGUGUGGGAGCGCAGCCUGCGAAGUCCAAGCACCAGCUGAGGAGGCCAUGAAUCGAGUCCCCCUGCAGCAGCAGCAGACCUGUGGGCCCUGGGAGCUGAAGAAGCGACUGGGCACCGGAGGCUUUGGGAAUGUCACAAGAUGGCAAAAUAAGGACACAGAGGAACAGAUCGCUAUAAAGCAGUGCCGUCAGGAGCUGAGCGAGAGAAACAAAGAGCGAUGGUGUCUGGAGAUCCAGAUCAUGAAGAGGUUGGAUCAUGUCAACGUCGUUGCAGCCAGAGAGGUUCCUGAGGGGAUGCAGAAGCAGGUGGCCACCAAUGACCUGCCACUGCUGGCAAUGGAGUACUGUCAGGGAGGGGAUCUGAGAAAGUUUCUGAACCUCUUGGAAAACUGCUGUGGAAUGAGGGAGGGCUCCGUUUUGAUUCUGCUGUCCGACAUUUCUUCGGCUCUGACCUACCUCCAUAAGAAAAGGAUCAUCCACAGAGAUCUGAAACCAGAAAACAUUGUGCUGCAGCAGGGAGAGAAGAGAUUGAUCCACAAGAUUAUAGAUCUCGGCUAUGCUAAAGAGCUGGACCAGAGCAGUCUUUGCACCUCAUUUGUGGGAACACUGCAGUACUUAGCUCCAGAGCUCAUUGAGAGACAGAAGUACACGGUCACUGUGGACUACUGGAGCUUCGGGACUUUGGUGUUUGAGUGCAUCACAGGAUUUCGCCCUUUCUUACCAACCUGGCAACCUGUUCCUUGGCACAAUAAACUGAGGCUGAAGCAGGAUGAUGAUAUUGUCGUCUAUGAGGACCUCUCAGGGGAAGUCCGCUUCUCUAAACAUCUGCCGCAGCCCAACAACCUCAACAGUCUGUUAUUAGAGAAACUGGAGAGGUGGCUGCAGCUGAUGUUGAAGUGGUCUCCUCAGGAGAGAGGCAAAGACCCUGACGCUACACCCAGCGACUGCUUCUCCCAGCUGGGGCUUAUUCUGCAGCUCAAGCUGGUUCAUGUCCUAAACAUGUUGUCUGCCAAGAUCCUGACAUACUCCGUGUCGGCCAGUGAGACUGUGGCAGACCUGCAGCUGAGGAUAGAGAAAGACACCAGCAUCCCUGCAGCCAAUCAGGAGCUGCUGCUGGAGGCGGGGUUAGCCUUGGAGCCUCAUGGACUGGCCACACAGUGCGCCAUAGAUUACACAGAGAUAGAUGGGAGACGGACCGACUUGCCUUUGGUCUUCCUGUUUGAUCGCUCCUCUUGCAGUUAUAAACCUCAGUUUGCUCCUCGCACCCUUCCGGAAAAUAUCCGCUUCGUCCAGGCCGACCCUAAGCACCUCCUGCCUUACAGCCCCCUGAGGAGGACUUGUGGCCAGGCGUGGCACACCAUCCGCUCCUUGAAGGAGGACUGGCAAAGACUGCAGCAGGGGCAGAAAGCUGCCAUCAUGAGCCUGCUGAGACACAACUCCUCACUGUCCAAACAGAAGAAUGAGAUGGUGUCCAUGCACCAGAGACUCGUGGCCAAGCUGGACUUCUUCACCACCAGCCUUCACAUAGACAUGGACAAAUACCAGGAGCAGACAGCCACCGGGAUCGCGUCAGAGAAACUCCUGGGCGUGUGGAGGGAGAUGGAGCAGACUGCUGCCAGCUGUGGUCAGGCUAAGGUGAGUGAACUGGAGGAGGAGAUGAUGCAUCUGCAGCCAGACAUAGUGGAUGUGCAGAGGCAGCCAUGGAGGAGUGGAGAGAAUCUGGACACACUUGAAGGAAAGGCCAUGGAGCUGUUCCGCAAACUCAGAGAGAAACCCAGAGACCAGAGGUGUCCAGGGGACAGUCAGGAGGUGGUGCGCCUGGUACUUCAGGCUGUGCAGUUCUACGAGAAGAAGCUCAGAGACUUCUACACACACCUCAGUAAGACAGCAGUGUGCCGCCAGCGUGUGAUGGAGCUGCUGCCAAAGGUAGAGGGCGUGGUCCAGAGGAUGGCUGAGAGCGAGCAAGUCCUGAUGAGUCUGCAGGAGAAACGACAGAGGGAGCUGUGGAACCUGCUCAAAGUCGCCUGUAGUAAGGUUCGCAGCCCAGUGAGUGGGAGUCCUGAAGGAUUACAAACCCCCUCCUCAGUACCGCCUCUACUGACCCCCAGACACAGCUUACAACAGUUUGACGAGUCUCUCGUGGAGGAGAGCAGGACAUUUGAGAGUCGACUCCAGAGUUUGCUGCAUGACACCAUCCAGGAGUCGGAGAACAGUAUGGAGAUGUUGAGCGAGUGGACGUGGCUGCGUGGAGGCCAGAAUUUCUCCAGUGACCUCUCCUGAAUUGGGUUUCAUUCUUUACAUGUGGUAAUAUACUGCCUCUGUGUGGAUGGGAUGUCAAACUACAUGAGAUUUGUUUAACAAUGUGAAUGGAGUAGUAGCUGCUGGCACAUACUUGCUGAAUGAGAUUAAGGAGUAGGUAAAUCUACCCACUCCUGUGUGAGAUUGUAAAAAAGGAUAAUUAAUGCCAACCUGCACUGAAGCAAGUCUAUCUCAGAUUAGGAUUAGCAGGAAUUUAUUAAAGUGGGAUCUUGUUUAUUUGCCCAUUUGCAAUUUUAACAGAACAUUGAAUAUGUUUUGGGGUGUAGAUAUGCACAUAUCAAGCGUUCCACUGGUAUUUUAGAAUUUAUCAGAUAAUCGUAGCAAACAAACCAUUGAGACAAUCCCGGUGAGAACACACACACACAUACAUUCCAACAGUGUUACAGUCUCUCCUCAACAGCGACCUUAAAACAGCUGAGAAAAUUUUAUCCUCAAAUUAGACGUGACAGAAGUCAUGAAUGUAAAUAAUGUUUCACUGUAACUGACAGACACAAACAUUUCUCUUUUGUUUUCAGACUGCAGCUUUAGUUAACAUCUGUUUCACUCUGUUUCGGAAACUAUAGAUGAUAUUUUAGUACAGGGUUUUAGUUAUAUUCUAAAGCAAUCUCUGCAUUGAAAUGUGUGUUAUGGGCCUGAAUGUAAAUGUCAAUCUGUUUUUAUGUGAUUCUCACUGGACCAUUAUGUCUUAUUGCAAGUUUUAUCUUAGUAAGACAAUCAUUGAGCAACAUAGGUGACAUUUGAUCAUACAAAGUGAUGGCACAUGUUGCAUAUUGUUAAGUGUCUAUUUGUGUACAUACUCUAUGCUGUUAAGAUUGUAUUGAUGUCUGAGCAACAGAAGGUUUUUCAAAACAAAACUGAAUUUUGUACCUUGAAUACAGUAUUUUACUGUACUGUGAGUGAUGUUUUCUUUUAGAAUGAGGCCACAGGUUCUCCUCUUCCUUCACCUGUUUAAUGUCGACCAAAAAAAACCCAACUCAUCCAUCAGGAUCGUGGUGUUUAACAUACUUUAUUCCAUCAGUUCAAUAAAAUCAAUUUGAGG